AUGCGUUUCCACUACCACAAGAGCAUGAUAUACGUUCACCGCGACCCGAUUAUGCUGCCGCCCUCGAACAAGGUGUGGAGCAGUUGGAAUGUCCUCAUUACAAAGGAUGAGCAGUACAUCCUCACUUAUUGGAUGAAUCGUAUUCAGCGCCUAAACAGCAAGAAGGACGUCUUUGUAACCAUCACACCGCAUGACUUCCAGGGCAAGCGUCCCGCUCCUGAACAGACCAUUUCGGCUUUCCGUUGGGACCACCCGCGUCUGCUUGCGGAUUGCAUUCCUCAGGACGACAUUAUCCAGGAGGAGAAUAUCUCUCUUUCCGGUGCUUGGUUGGGUCGAGGUUUUCACGAAGAUGGGUUUGUUGCAGGUCGGCGUGUGGCGGCGAUCCUCCGCGAUCCGAAGCACAAGCGAACAGCGCUGUACGAGGACCCAGGCAACAUCCCAGUGCCAGCUGUGCCUCCUUUCGGUACACCGCUGAGUUUCCACCUAUUUGGGGUGGCUGUGGUUGGUCUGGUGAGCUACGGGAUCGCUAAGCUGCUGAAGAAAUAG